CAUUGGAGGACGCGGCCGCCCGAAGCUGAUAAAUAAGGGGCCGGGCCGCGGCUGCGGGCCAAGUUGGACGCCCCGACCGGUGCGAGGGCCAGGUCAGCGCCGGCCCGACGACGCGAAGCGAGGCGACCCCCGUGCGGCCAUGGCCUCGCUGCUGGGAGCUUACCCGUGGCCCGAGGGGCUCGAGUGCCCGGCCCUGGAAGCCGAGCUGUCGGACGGGCUGUCGCCGCCGGCCGCCCCCCGCCCGCCGGGGGACAAGGGCUCGGAGAGCCGGAUCCGGCGGCCCAUGAACGCCUUCAUGGUGUGGGCCAAGGACGAGAGGAAACGUCUGGCGGUGCAGAACCCGGACCUGCACAACGCCGAGCUCAGCAAGAUGCUGGGAAAGUCGUGGAAGGCGCUGACGCUGUCCCAGAAGAGGCCCUACGUGGACGAGGCGGAGCGGCUGCGCCUGCAGCACAUGCAGGAUUACCCCAACUACAAGUACCGCCCGCGCAGGAAGAAGCAGGCCAAGCGCCUGUGCAAGCGCGUGGACCCCGGCUUCCUGCUGAGCUCGCUCUCCCGCGACCAGAACGCUCUGCCCGAGAAGCGGGGCGGCGGCCGGGCGGCGCUGGGGGAGAAGGAGGACCGGGGUGAGUACUCCCCGGGCUCCGCGCUGCCCAGCCUGCGGGGCUGCUUCCAUGAGGGCCCGGCCGGCGGCGGCGGCGGCGGCGGCGGCACCGGCACCCCGGGCAGCGUGGACGCGUACCCUUACGGGCUGCCCACCCCGCCGGAGAUGUCGCCCCUGGACGCGCUGGAGCCGGAGCAGACCUUCUUCUCCUCCCCCUGCCAGGAAGAGCAUGCGCACUCCCGCCGCAUCCCCCACCUGCCCGCGCCCCCCUACUCGCCGGAGUAUGCCCCCAGCCCCCUCCACUGCGGCCACCCCCUGAGCUCCCUGACCCUCGGCCAGUCCUCAGGCGUCUCUAUGAUGCCUGGCUGUCCCCCGUCCCCUGCCUAUUACUCCCCUGCAACCUACCCGCCUCUCCACUCCAACCUCCAUGCCCACCUGGGCCAGCUCUCCCCGCCUCCCGAGCACCCCGGCUUUGACGCCCUGGAUCAGCUGAGCCAGGCGGAACUCCUGGGGGACAUGGAUCGCAAUGAGUUCGACCAGUACUUGAACACUCCCGGCCACCCAGACUCUGCCGCCGGGGCUGUGGCCCUCAGUGGGCAGGCCGCGGUCUCUCAGGUGACACCAACGGGCCCCACGGAGACCAGCCUCAUCUCCGUGCUGGCUGAUGCCACGGCCACGUACUACAACAGCUACAGCGUGUCAUAGAGCCGGGACAGCCAGCCUGGCCCUGCCUCGCAGCCGUUUCUCCUUCCCGCGCUGAGCGGAGCGGAUGCGCAGCGCCCCGGGGCGGGCAGGUCUGAACUGCCGCUCGCGGAGCCGCUCUGCGGAUCCCAGGGCCCCUCCGCCCCCUUCCCCGCCUGCCCCGCCCCCUGCAGCCUGCAUUUCGAGUUAUAUUCCUUCAAGUGAGUUUUCACCGGCUACACCGUGGAAAUAAGGCACGGUCGUUGCUGAAAGACGGUGUUUCCCGGUAGAAUUUUCACUGGCCUCUCCUCCCCCAUCCUCAGACCGGAAACAAGUUGGGGAAGAGCCCAGCAGCAUUCGCGCCUCUCCUGCUUCUGACUCAGCCGCAGGGGGUUCAGCCGUCCUGACCUGUGGGUCUUCCAGGUGAGGGGAACCCGGGCUAAGACUCAGGGGACCCAGGAUGCGAUCGCAAUUCUGCCUCAGGGGGCUGGAGGCAAUCCGACUCAUUUCUUCUCCCUUUCCAGCCCGUUCCCCCGUCUGUAAAGUGAGGGACAGACAUCUGCUCCAGGUCACUUCUGCUCCAAGGUUUUCUGAUUUAAGGUUCUCUCAAGGCUAACAGGAAAAUGAAGUUUGCCUCAGUGAGCUCAUUAAUGUGCAACCUGGCGACAAUUCGUGCACAGCCCAAGGAUACCAGGCUUUGCUGCACUUGGCCUGCCUUCCAAAAGGAUCAUAGUCUUCCAAAAGGAGGCUUUUCCAGUUUGAGAAAAAAUACGCAUCUUGAUUUGGGAAAUUAACCACUGAGCUUAAAUGCAUCACUGAAAAUGAGAUUAAAUUCAUGCUGAUCUUUUAAGAAAAAACCCGUAUUUUUAAAGAUAAGUUCUUUUUUAUUACACAUACAUUUCAAGAGAAUAUACACAGCCUGAAUAUAUACAGUGUGUGUGGGACACACAGCACACACACCUUCAUGCACCGUCUGGAUCAGAAACUCCUGCUGGUAUUAGCAACUUCUUGUCAACCCUCUGUGCCUAACCACCCAAAGAGCAGGGAACUGGAACAGAAUUUCAGCACAGUACCAUCGCUUUCCUCCAAUCUGGAUGUGUUGAUUUCUUGAGCAAAGCUUCAUCACACUCUCCCGUCUACAGGUGCAAAAGGAACUUCUUUCCCACUGUCCCCAUCUCCCUUUCUCCCUUCCCUGGAAUUUCUUUUUUCUCUUCUCCCCUGCUCUUCCUUCACCCCUGAAUUGGCCACUAAUUCAAAGAUCCCUUGACUUUAAAAAUCCCAGGUGUGUUUCCUAUGGCUGAGAUGGAAAUUUGUUCUCCUUAGCAGCCAGCUGGUCCUUCAGGUAAUAUCUUCAGCCAACACAUCAAAGCAACCUCCCCUUUGUUGUAUUUACUUCCCAAAGAACAGAAAUGCACUGUGAUUCAGAAAAUGUUUCUGAGCCCUGACCCCACCCCCUGAACAUUUCCAUCCUUCCCCCAAACCUCCUUUGAAGGACCAUACCUAUCAGUGAGCUAAAAGACAGUUGUAUUUUUGAUUUCAGCAUAUUAUUGCCUGUAUGAAAUAUGCGUUUUAUAUAUUCUCCUAUUAUUUUCACCUUAUAUUUUGUAUUGUUGAAAGAUCCCUUUUUUUUCCUUCCAAGGAGUCCUCCUGUAAAAUCACUUAUCAGACAUGAUUAAUCUUUAUGCUAUUACUGUAUAUAACAUUUGGUAAUAAAUAGUAAAUCAUGGACAAUA